UAAGAUGGCGUUUACUGUAAAAGUAUUUUUACUUCUUUACGACAAUCUUUGACUAUUUAGUAAAUCAACAAAAUCGAUACUUUUUUAGUACGUUCACCUUUACACCUUACAAGUUUAUCUUAAUUUUAGGUUAUGAUUUGUUGUUCAUGAAGAAUAUACUUAUUUUAUGUUAAUUCAUAAUACUACCAAAGAUUACCGAAUUGUCGGCUUUUUAUAUGAAAGUGAUUUAUUAACAUUUUACCAACUGUACUAUCUUAGAUGACGUUUAAAUACUUUGAACUCCAAAAACUUUUUGAGUGACUAUGGAAUAGUACUUAACAAGUGAAUAUAAAAACUAAGACCGGUGACAGAGGAUUCAUAUUUUUUGCGCUUUAAAUAUUUAUUAUAAAAGGGAGUGUCUGAAAUAAUAAAAGUGAAUUUCCACCCCAAAGAUUCGGCAAUAAAUAUUAAAUAUAAUUAAAAGUGUUAAUCGUUACAAAAACAAGGAAAUAAAUCUUUAUGAUGCUACAAAUAUAGAAGAAGAAUAUUUCCAUUAUUUUAGCAAGAAAAAUCGCUAUUAUGGCAAAUUUAAACAACACGUAAUAAAGAAUGUCCCAAACAGCAGAUGCUGAAAGUGAAGCAGGCUCCAUCUGCGACGAGGAACGAGUAAAAAAACUCUUCCAAGCUUGCGACGGAGAUGGCGAUGGAUUUAUUGACAGCCAAGACUUAUUGACUGUUUGUCGGGAAUUAAACCUGGAGGAUUCUGUGGAGGAAUUGAUGAGAGAACUUGGAGCUGAUGAAAACGGCCGAAUAUCUUAUCAAGAAUUUCUCAGACGAAGACUUGCUUUAAGACCGGAAAUAGAAGCUCUUAAAUCUGGCAAAAGCAGGACCAACUCUCAUAAUACUCAUACUUCAGAAUAUCUACCAACUAGCAGCGAUAACAGUCUAGGAACAAUAUCAGGACGACAUGAGAGCUGGGAGUUUGAUAGUGGAGCUCGUGAUUUAUCCCCUGAACCGCAAUCACUUCAAAAACUCGUCGAAGCAGCUGCUGGGGGUACCGGAAAUAUGUUAGAUCUCGCCAAUAAGCUCCAUGCCGCAGCUUUAUCAUCCCUGAGAUCUGAAGUAGCUGAACUAAAUGCUCGACUUUUAUCUGCAACCCGAGCCAAAGAAGUUGCAGAUGCAGCUCUGAUAAGAGCUGAAGCUCAAGCUGUACGAGCUGAACAACGUGCUGAGCAACAAGCAAUUAGACACGAAGAAAGACUUACUGAACUUCAUUCAGUUAUCGCUGAGCUUAGUAGGCAGCUUGAGAGACAUAGAACAAAUGUUAUUGCUGAAGAAGAUGAGUCAGAAGUUGAAACUAGCAGAGAUGCUGAAGAUUCAAUUACAAACCCCGUGGAGGAAAGUGAAGGUGGCGGGGAAAUUCAAGGUGAUGGUGAUCGGACCUUGGGUGAUGCGGAUUCAAGUUCCGGUGAAGAGAUUGAAAAUUUGCCUCAACCUACAGGGAAUGACAGAGAACAUGACCGAGAUACCGACAGCCCGGCAGCUUUACCAACCCCAGAGCCUACUCAAGGAGAAGUAUCUUGCCAAAGUGUCGCUGUAGCAACACUUCAAGAAGAAGUCAACGCUCUACGAGCUGAAAUAAGCGCUUUACAAGCACAGCUUGCGCAAUGUAAAGGCCAUAAUGAACCAAAUAAUCAUCAUGGACUAGUUUCUAACUGUGAUUCACCUAAAAGAGACCAUAGGCGAGGAAAUUUGAGUUCUCCAGAGCCUUUAACCACUCCAUGUUCACCAUUAUUGCCUCCCUUGCAGCCCCCUUCGUCGAAGAAUAUAUGCAGAGAUGAAGCUCCAAUUCUUAAAAUGGCAGAGAGAGUCAAACUCCGUCGAACUGAUGAAAGACACAUCACUGGACCUGAUAUAACAAAUUUAGGAGUGUGUUCUACGAUGAUAGCUGAACAUUUAGUAUCUGAUUUAUUAGAACAGUCAAAUAUACAAGAGCUUAAUGGCUCGGAGAAGCAGUUUGAAGUGGAAACUGAGAGACUCAAUAGCAGACUUGAACAUGCACGAGCUAAUAAUACAGUUCUAGCUUUAACUUUGCAUGAAAGCAAAGCACAGUGUGACAGGUUGAGCCUCUUAGUAGGGAAAUACGAGUCUAAUGCAAUAGCACUUAAACUUGCGCUUACAUUUAGUGAUCGUGCUAUUGAAGCUUACGACGUUCUUGUAGCACUUUUGGAGACCGAAAUCGCGCUUUCUUCCGACAGAAAUAGUAUGACGAUCGAUAACAGAAAAACCGCAGAGAAUGUUGCUUAUCAUGUACUUAAAAAGUUGGAAAAUGAGUCUACAAUUUAUAUGGCUCCAUGGGAAGAUAGUAUUAUAUUAUCAGAUGAUUCAGAGGUUUCUUGGUCUGUAGAUGACGAGCAAAGGCUUCGUCGACACAUUAGCAAAUUAAAAAAUGAUCGUGCCAUGGUUCGUUCAACCGCAGUAGAGCUUGAAUCAGUACAUGUGGAGCCAUUCAACUCAAAAAAUGCAAUAUCGUUAGCAGAAGCACGUAAAUUAGAUUUAGAGACUGCUGUGCUAAUGCAAGAAUUAAUGGCUAUGAGAGAAGACAAAGCUGAAUUACGUGCACGAGUUUUUUUAUUAGAAAAAGAACGAUCAAAUAUCGAAUUGAAGUUGAGUGCACGAGAUGCUCAAAUAGCAGCACAACAAACAGCCAUUCAACAUCUCCAAGAUCAGUUGAGUGACACUGAAGCCAUGCUGGCAAUGGCUAGUAAUAAAGACCACCGAUUUAGCGAUACAGAUAACGAAGGGAUAGAGUCUGAAUUUAUUGAAGUUCUUGCAAGAGAAGCAAGACUCAAAGAGAGACUCAGAGAACUGGUUGCAACUCUAGAAAAAGUAACAAAAAAUUCUGAACUUCGCCAUCAACAGUCUGCUGAGCUUAUUAACGACUUGAAGAUGGCUAAUGGAGCUCUCGUGCAAACAUUAGAAAAAUCGAAGAAAAAGUAUCAAACUAGACUGAAAAAGUUAGAGCAACAAAUGCUAGGAAUGGUGGAAAGAAAUGUGACUCAGGUAAAACUAUUAAAGCAAAAGAUAGCUAUGCUUGAAGAAGAAGCUGCAACUUAUAAAGGAAGUCUUCCUCUCCAAUCACAGAGUUCUGGAGCUAGUGAAACAUCAUUAUGAUACUCUUUUACUCAGAGUUCAUUAAAUUAAUGACAGAUACCUCUUGAAUUUAAUCUAGAUAGCAAAAAAAAUGAGAGAAAAUCCUGUCGCCUAUUUAAAAAAAAAUUGAUGUAUUUUUUUACUUAAUUAAUUAAUUAAUAGGCUUUAGAAAUGCUUAAAAAAUCCUUGCUUGUACCUUAAUUAUUGCAAAUUAAUGCUUAACAAUUUUAUACAAUUGAGAAAUUUUAUGGUGCAAAAAUUAAAAAAAUAUUCCAGAUUAAAAAAAAUUAUUAUUACAUAUGUAGCUUAUUUAUUAUUACUUAUGAACUCUAUAACGAUGUUUGUUAUGUAAAUAUGUAUAUUGUGAGCUGAAAAAUUAUCUAUGAUGCGUGAUAAUUGUAGAACAUUUA